AUGGGGUCCAACAGUGCCCCGCAAAAUGGCGCCGAGCAGUCCUCCGCUGCUGCACCCCACAAGAAACUACAGGGACGCCAAUUCUACGAGAGCAUAGGGAGUCCUAAGUAUAUUGUGGCACCUAUGGUCGAUCGGUCCGAGUUUGCAUGGCGCAUGCUCACUCGGUCCUUCAUGCCCGCAGACGAGCCGAAACCUCUCCUUGCGUACUCCCCUAUGUACCAUGCACGUCUUUUUGGCGAACACGCUAAAAUGCGUACGCAACACUUCCAGCCAACCCGCGAGGCGAACGGCGACACAGCGAGAAAGGACGACUUGUUUCUCGACGGAAACCCGAAGUUUGACCGACCCCUCUUCGUCCAGUUCUGUGCAAAUAACCCCGACGAAUUCUUGGAGGCCGCGCAACAUGUGGCUCCAUACUGCGAUGCUGUCGACCUCAACCUGGGUUGUCCGCAGGGAAUCGCGAAAAAGGGACACUAUGGAGCUUUCCUCCAAGAAGACUGGGACUUGAUCUACAAACUUAUCAAUCGACUUCAUACGGAGCUUUCAGUACCGAUCACAGCCAAAUUCCGCAUCCAGGAGAGCAAAGAGAAAACCUUGGAGUAUGCGAAAAUGAUUCUAUCUGCUGGUGCGAACAUUAUUGCGGUACAUGGGCGCAGGCGAGAACAGAAAGGUCACGAAACAGGAGUGGCGGACUGGAGCUACAUUCGGUACUUACGAGAUAACCUGCCCCCGGAGACUGUGAUUUUUGCCAACGGUAAUAUUCUGAAUCACGACGAUAUUGAGCGCUGUAUCGAAGCGACUGGUGCGGACGGCGUGAUGAGCGCGGAGGGGAACCUCUCUGAUCCUACCAUUUUCAGCAAGCCGCCACCAAUUGGCAGUGAAGGGCGAGAGUACUGGCGCGGACGAGAUGGCAAAGGCGGUUACCGAAUUGAUGCAAUCCUCCGAAAGUAUCUCGACAUUGUGUACGAAUACGUUCUCGAGCAACCAGUCCCAGAGCGGAAACCGCUUUACCUCCCAUCUGACCCUGUUAAUGAGGCAGAGGAGAAGGAAGAAGGGCAAGAUGCGGAAGCUGAAGAAGGCCCACCCAAAAAGAAGCAAAAGCGUGACAGGGUCAAGCGGACAAAUUCCCCCAGUCUCGGUGUCAUGCAGGGCCACCUCUUCCAGGUGCUCCGGCCAAUGAUUGCUAGCCAUACGAACGUCCGCGAUGCGCUCGCGCGCACGCGGCCCGGGGAUAUGCCUGCUUUUGAGCACGUCCUCGCCCUCGUGGAACAAGCCGUGAAGUCAGGACUAAAAGAAUAUGAGGCAUCGCCCGACAAAUUUGAGAGACAGCCCGAUGAAACUCUGACGGGGUCGAAGGCUACCAUUGCCGAGUACGGCCGGCCUUGGUGGAUUUGCCAGCCUCAUGUUCGCCCUCUUCCAGAAGAGGCUAUGGAGAACGGAGCCCUCACUGCUAAGGGGAAGGCGACUGUUCAGAAGAAGGAAGAAAAGAAAGAGUCUACAGAGACCGAUACACCGGCUUCUGAAGGUACUAGCACUUCUACCGAUGGCACUGUAACAAAUGAUGCUAGUGCAACCACACCGGAUAACCUUGUGAGUGGAUAA